AUGUAUGAUGAACACACUUCACCAAACCACUUCACAACGCGACACGAGAAGGAGAGACGCGGUACGGACACAGAAACACUGUCGGGGCACUCCCGGCGGACUUCUGCCGACAGGGCCUGGACCUUGGACUCAUCAGCUGUUCCAGGAAAAUCAAUAGACAAUGGACGAAGGUCAACUGAUAUGUCUACGAACAUUAUCUCAGUGUGCCUAGCCGUGUGUCUGUGUGUGGUUCUUGGAGAGGCCAGGCCGCAGCCUCCCAGUGCAGAGUACGGACCUCCAGGAGGCGGCUAUGGCAGCGGCAAGCCCAGCGGCGGUGGCGGUGGUGACGAUCUAUCGGAGGAGGCCAACUACAGCUUCAUGUACGAAGUGAAGGAUGCCGAGUCAGGCAAUGAUUUCGGCCACAUGGAGUCCAGGAUGGGUGAAGUGGCCACAGGCUCAUACCACGUGAUGCUCCCUGACGGCCGCAUGCAGAAGGUGGACUACGUGGCCGACCAGGAUGGCUACAAGCCCACCGUCACGUACACGGGAGAGGCCAAGUACGGACCGGGCGUCGGAGGAGGCAAGGCCGGCGGUGGAGCGGGAGGCGGAGCCGGUGGAGCCGGAGGUGGAUACUUCUACAGGAGAUAA